AUGGAUCUCUCCCCUCCACGAAAUCAUCCUGCGACCUCACGUGAAGCGGACGCUGAACGUAGACCCGAUAUCCCCGCUCAAGACACUACCGAAAGCACCGGUAGCGUCUCCGUCACAUCUCUGAAAAAGAAGAGACUCCGGCCGACAAAGAUGUCAUUUUCGGGUGGUAUUGGUCCUUCGUCUGAGAGCACUCAAGGAGACGCCAAAUGGCCUCCCGAAAAUGAAGCCGCUUUUGUGAGUGUUCUGUUGGACGAAGUUCUGAUGGGAAACCGUGUAACCGGUAAGUUCACACCGAAUCAAUGGACGACCAUUCUUGCGAAGUUGAAGGAGCAGUGUCCCAUUUUCUAUCCUUACAAAGUGACACAACUGCAAAGUAAGUACCAACGAAUGAAGGUGUAUUGGAGAAAGUUUCACAACAUGGUAACCAAUGCCACCGGAUUGAGUUGGGAUCCACAGAAAAAGAUGAUUACGGGAGACGCUGAUUGUUUUACAAAAUGGACUACCGCAAAUCCGAGUUAUCAUGACAUGGAGGGUAAGGUAUGCGUGCACUACGAAGCGUUGACGAUUAUUUUCCAUGGGACGACUGCUACGGGCUCGAAAGCAAGGGCAUCGACUCAACGUGUGCCCGAGGGACGUGGUGACCCAUCUGGAAAUUUCAGCCCCGAUGUUUGUACGCAGCAAGAGGAGGAUCCAAUGGAGACCCCGACAUCUCAUCGACGGCAUGGUGGGCAGAAUCGGUCCGUUCGUCGAAGGAGAAGCACAGAGUCCAGUUUCGACACCGCCAUGUACUCGUGGUCUGACUUGAAUGUGUCGCUGAAAGAAAGAAACAACAAACCCGCGAAGCUAACGACGAUGGAACAGGCAAUGCGCGACCUUCAAGCAAUGUCGAAUAUGGACGAAGAUCUUUUCCAGUUUGUUUGCACUAAGCUUCGGGAUCCCACGAAUCGAGCCAUGUUUGCCGCGAUUACUAGUGACGAGAGGCGUCAACAUAUUAUUAAUAUGUGGAUUAUGAGGGCCCCGGUCCACAGUGAAUGUGGAUGUGGAUUGGUUUCUUCUAUCGUCUUCAUUUGUUGUUGGACUUCUCUGUUUAUUUGUCAUCAACUCUACUAUGUUUGA